AUGGGUAAAGCCAGAGAGGAGAUCGCCACAAUCGAAGCCGCGCGCUUCGAAGUACCCGUGGUGGCGGACGCAUACGAGAUAAGGCUCACAGAACAUGAGCAGACCAUGACAGUCCCACAGGAGUUCAUGCGGCGCGUGAGCGGUUCAAGCUACACCUGGGCCAUGUACAAAGCCGACAGCAUUCCCGAUCUUCGAGUCGGAGUGCAAAGGGACGUCUGGGUCGACUCGACGCCGGGCGGCGUCCCGCGCAUCUUUGUCUUUGGCGAGAGGAGCAGCUGGCAUGAAUGGGACGACGCGCCUGACCCCGCUCAAGCCAGCGGCCUUACACAACCCGCACCGGACUUGGGGAGUGUUGUUGCAGUCUAUCAUCCGUGGCUGCGCCACCGCCGUCUCGAGUUCGACGGAGUGGCGCUGCGAUGGGGCAUCGUGGACCAACACGGGGAGUCGGACAUGGAUCGUCUAGAAAGGGAGGUGGCUGCUGCGGGGUGGCCGAGGUACGGAGACAUCCCUCUCCGUAGGGUAGCAGAACGUCUGUGCACGGCUGCGACACUGACGUGCGGUCGGAUCAUCAUCCCUGCCUCGAAGCCUGCCUCAGUGGAAUGGUGGAAGAAACCGGUCGAUCCUGCCUAUGUGUGGCGGAGUCCACCCGCAAGUCCACCUCCUGCUGGUCCGAGCCAGUCGCGCAGUCCUCCCGCUGAAAGGCCAAGGCAACCCGGCCGUCCGUUUGUUAUAAGCCAGAAUGCAUUCAGUUUGGCUAAGAAAGCUUUUCCACCACCCGGAUCAGUCCCUCUAACCCCAGCCUUCCAAUUUCCCCCGCUGUAUGCCCCCGCUCCUGUACCGGUCGCCGUAAAGACCGAAGAGGAAGAGGAGAACGCCGUACUUGCACAACUACAACGCAUCCGCGAGUCCGCCUCUCCCUUUCCGCCGCCUCCACAACCCUCGAUACAGGUGAAGGCAGAGCCAGACGACUCGAAUGCGUCAUUCCCGCAGAAUACUGGCCUGUCAAUCUUCGCACCUUCUAGCGGAUUCUUCGGCUCUGCAGGAACUACUAUGUCGGCCCCCACUUCACCCAGCGCUUUCUUCGGCCCUGCAGCAAGUGCCCUGGUGUCCAGGACAGUUUUCGAUCCGCAAAGAGCAUUCAGCGCGGUCGCGACCACCCCAAUACGCACGGACAUGUCCCAAUUCCUUGAGAGCCUGCCUCUUCCCCUGAACCACCGUGAGCAAAUGCUGGGCGAUCUCGGCGUCAGCUCCAUGAAGUACCUCAAGUCGUUCGCGGACGCGCCCCCAUCUAUCCUCAGCAAGCUUAUGGUUCUUGUCGUUCUUGGUCAAUGUAAUGGACAUUUACUAUAA